AUGGCGCUGGCCCUGCUGCUGAACUACUACAGUCCAUGCGGGCUGGCCUGCUCUGAACUACCAUCGCAUGGUGGCUUGGAUGCUUCUGAACUACACAACGCCAAUGCCUGCCCCGCCAAGGAGUUCCAGUGCCAUAACAGGAAAUGUGUGGCUCCCAUCUUUGUGUGCGACGGUGACGACGACUGCGGGGAUUGGAGUGAUGAGGAGAAGUGUUCCAUUUCCAGCUGUAGCUCCCACGAGUUCCGCUGUAACGACUCGGAGUGCAUCCCGGCUCUGUGGAGCUGCGAUGGGGACCCUGACUGCGGGGAUAAGUCUGACGAGUCUAUGGAGCGCUGUAGUCGCCGGACAGAGCCCCAGAAGGCCCGGUGCUCGGCGGGGGAGUUCCAGUGUGGAAGUGGAGAGUGUGUCCACCUCAACUGGAAGUGUGACGGAGAAGCCGACUGCAAGGACAAAUCUGACGAGGCUGACUGCGCUCUGCUGACCUGCCGUCCAGAUGAGUUCCAGUGUGGUGAUGGGUCCUGUAUCCAUGGAACCAAGCAGUGCAACAGGGUGCACGACUGUCCUGACUUCAGUGAUGAGGCCGGCUGUAUCAACGCUCUGUGGGCAUUUCUGAGAAUAAUUGGGACGCAGAACUGUUUCUGUAUAUCUAUGACAAGCCUUGAGAUAGAGUACCAGACAACCUGUCCCUCUCAGACAAGACCUGUGAAGGUAGAGUACCAGACAACCUGUCCCUCUCAGACAAGACCUGUGAAGGUAGAGUACCAGAACAACCUGUCCUUCUCAGACAAGACCUGUGAAGACAAGACCUGUGAAGGUAGAGUAGCAGACAACCUGUCCCUCUCAGACAAGACCUGUGAAGGUAGAGUACCAGACAACCUGUCCUUCUCAGACAAGAUAUGUGAAGACAUAGAUGAGUGUCAACAGCCUGACUCCUGCAGCCAGAUCUGCAUCAACUACAAAGGAGACUACAAGUGUGAAUGUUAUCAGGGCUAUGAGAUGGACCCCAGCACCAAGACCUGCAAGGCCGUGGCCCUUGGAGGCAGGAUGGAGAAAGCCCUUGGAGGCAGGACGGAGGAAGCCCUUGGAGGCAGGAUGGAGAAAGCCCUUGGAGGCAGGACGGAGAAAGCCCUUGGAGGCAGGAUGGAGAAAGCCCCUGGAGGCAGGACGGAGAAAGCCCUUGGAGGCAGGACGGAGAAAGCCCUUGGAGGCAGGAUGGAGAAAGCCCUUGGAGGCAGGAUGGAGAAAGCCCUUGGAGGCAGGAUGGAGAAAGCCCUUGGAGGAAGGAUGGAGAAAGCCCUUGGAGUACCGCCUGACUCUCGUUCCUCCUUCAACUCCGCCAGUACCCAGCCUGACUCUCGUCCUACCUUCAAACUCCGCCAGUACCGCCUGACUCUCGUUCCUCCUUCAACUCCGCCAGUACCGCCUGACUCUCGUUCCUCCUUCAACUCCACCAGGUGGGAAAUGGGACGCUGCGUGUGGCUUAUAAAGCUGUCCUACAGGUCUAGCCAGGUAGUGGAGGAUGCGUAUAUCAACAAGGCCAGUGAUUCGUCGGAGCAGGUGACUCUGAUUGAGACAGCGCUGUCCUCUCCAGAGGGGCUGGCUGUUGACUGGGUCCAUAACAACAUCUACUGGACCGACUCCGGAGAUAAGACCAUCUCCGUCGCCACGGGAGAUGGCAAGAAGAGGAAGGUCCUGAUCGACACUGAGCUGAGCGAACCACGUGCCAUCGCUGUGGACCCCCGACAAGGACGUAGCUACCUAUCCAACAGGCGUCUGUACUGGGUGGACUCUAAGCUGCACCUGCUCUCCAGCAUUGACCUAAACGGUGACAACCGCAAAGUGCUGCUCUUUUCCCAGGACCACCUGGGGCACCCCUUCGCUCUCACCGUCUUCGAGGACCGUGUGUACUGGACAGACCUGGAGGAUGAGGCUAUCUACAGCGCUAACAGGCUAACAGGACAUGAUGUGGCUACGCUAGCAGAACACCUCAAUAACCCUCUAGAUGUUGUGGUGUUCCACGAACUACGCCAACCCAAAGCUCCAGACAGCUGUAACAUGGGCAGUCUACCUAAUGGGGGCUGUGAGUACCUGUGUCUCAAAGCCCCCCAGAUCACUGACCACUCCCCCAAGUACACCUGUGCCUGCCCGGACGGCAUGGAGCUGGGACCAGCCCAUGCAGACCGAUAG